CAUAAAACCACCACUCGCACCAACCCAAAGCGGUUUCUUCACUUUCCUUAUAUAGCUACCUCCUCAUGCUUCUGGUGUGACUGUGAAUUCAUUCAUUCUGUUAUAACAAACCAACGCGUUCAAUCACGAGAGGAUCGGAGAGUUAGGGUUUACAUGGGGAGAGGGAAGAUUGUGAUAAGGAGGAUCGACAAUUCGACGAGCAGGCAAGUGACAUUUUCGAAGCGGAGGAAUGGUUUGCUGAAGAAGGCGAAGGAGCUUGCGAUCUUGUGUGAUGCUGAGGUUGGAGUUGUGAUCUUCUCCAGCACUGGCAGACUCUAUGAAUUCGCCAGUUCCAGCAUGAAGUCUGUAAUUGAUCGAUACAACAAAUCCAAAGAAGAACAAAAUCAACUUGGGAGUUCAACCUCUGAAAUUAAGCUUUGGCAAAGGGAGGCAGCAAUGUUAAGGCAGCAAUUGCACUGUUUGCAAGAAAGCCACCGGCAAAUAAUGGGGGAAGAGCUGUCAGGUUUGACAGUCAAAGAAUUACAGAGUUUGGAGAGCCAACUAGAAAUUAGUCUUCAUGGUGUCCGCAUGAAAAAGGACCAACUUUUAAUGGAUGAAAUACAAGAACUUAAUCGAAAGGGAAACCUCAUACACCAAGAAAAUGUGGAAUUGUAUAAGAAGGUAAACCUAAUUAGUCAAGAAAAUAUGGAACUGAAAGAAAAGGGAUAUAGAACAAAAGAUUGGAAUGUGCCAAACAGCAAUUCUGUUCUCACAAGUGGUCAAAGCACAGGAGAGGAUUUGCAAGUACCUGUGAAUCUCCAGCUAAGCCAGCCCCAGCCUCAACAAUACUUGUCACCUUCAGGAACUACAAAAUUGGGCAGAUUGCAGUUGCAUUGAUGCCUUUACAGGAGAUCAGUUUUCUUGAUUCCUAUCAAGAAAAAACACAGUUUAAUGUUGACGAUCUUCUAAAAACUGUUGUGGCGUACAGGUCACAUACCAUUAAGACUUUAAUUUGAAAUUAUCAAAAAAAGAAACCCAAGAAUGUUGUGAUAACAAUGAAGCAUAUUAUGUGAAGUUCAGAAAACUAAGAAACCUCCAAAUUGCACAGGACAGAUGUGCAAUUCCUUUUACUUGUCUCAUUGUGUUGAAAAUUAUCACUCCCCUUCAAAAGGGUGAAAACUGCCAUGUAAUAUACAUGAUGUUAGUAAUAUGUAUUACAAUUUGGGAGGCCUAA